GAUGGGAGGGUGGAAGGAGGCGGAUUAAUCCCUUAAUUACGCCGUGAUCGGCGUGGCACCUGCUUUCCGCCCGCCCAGCUCCCGGGGGACCCCGGCACUGGGGGGUGGAGAGAAGGACGAGGGAAGGAGGAGGGCACGCGGAGGCACGCACCGUACCCAGGCGCGCCGGCAGGAGAGCGGCACCGUGGCUGGGGCAGUGCGCAGAGGCUGUGGAGGGGCUUUCGGCUCCCGGCCCGCGGGUCUCAGACCCAGGGGCUGGGCCCCGAGCCCCCCGCCCCGGUCCCAGUUGGGUCGCGCCAUGCUGCGCUACCUGCUCAAAACACUGCUGCAGAUGAACUUGUUCGCGGACUCCCUGGCGGGGGACAUUUCCAACUCCAGUGACCUGCUCUUCGGCUUCAACUCCUCGGUAGCGGCGCUCAACCACAGCCUGCUGCCCCCCGGCGAUCCCUCUUUCAACGUGUCAAGGGUCGAGCCGGAGGACGCGAUGCCGCGCAUCGUGGAGCAGCCGCCUGAUCUGUUGGUCUCCAGAGGCGAGCCGGCCACUCUGCCCUGUCGCGCGGAGGGCCGGCCCCGGCCCAACAUCGAGUGGUACAAGAAUGGGGCGCGAGUGGCCACUGCCCGCGAGGACCCGCGCGCGCACCGCCUGCUGCUGCCCAGCGGGGCACUCUUCUUCCCGCGCAUCGUUCACGGGCGCCGCGCGCGGCCCGACGAAGGUGUCUACACUUGCGUGGCGCGCAACUACCUGGGGGCAGCGGCUAGUAGAAAUGCCUCGCUAGAAGUGGCAGUCCUCCGUGAUGAUUUCCGGCAGUCUCCUGGGAACGUGGUGGUGGCAGUGGGGGAGCCAGCGGUAAUGGAAUGCGUGCCCCCCCGUGGCCACCCGGAGCCUUCCGUGUCUUGGAAGAAGGACAGUGCAAGACUCAAGGAGGAGGAGGGAAGGAUCACGAUUCGUGGAGGGAAGCUGAUGAUGUCACAUACACUCAAGAGUGAUGCAGGGAUGUAUGUGUGUGUGGCCUCCAACAUGGCAGGAGAACGGGAGAGUGGGGCAGCCGAACUUGUGGUCCUGGAGCGACCCUCAUUCCUGCGUAGACCUGUGAAUCAGGUGGUCCUGGCAGAUGCCCCCGUGGAUUUCCCAUGUGAGGUGCAAGGAGAUCCGCCACCUCGUCUAAGAUGGCGCAAGGAAGAUGGGGAACUACCCACAGGCAGGUAUGAGAUCCGGAGUGACCACAGCCUUUGGAUCGGGCGUGUGAGUGCGGACGACGAGGGGACGUACACCUGUGUGGCUGAGAACAGCGUGGGCCGUGCCGAAGCAUCUGGCUCCCUCAGUGUUCACGUCCCUCCCCAGCUGGUCACCCAGCCCCAGGACCAGAUGGCAGCUCCUGGAGAGAGCGUGGCUUUCCAAUGCGAGACCAAAGGAAACCCCCCACCUGCCAUCUUCUGGCAGAAGGAGGGAAGUCAAGUCCUGCUUUUCCCCAGUCAGCCACUUCAGCCCAAGGGGCGCUUCUCAGUCUCUCCCAGAGGCCAGCUCAACAUUACUGAUGUGCAGAGUGGGGACGCUGGCUACUAUGUGUGUCAGGCUGUUAGUGUGGCCGGCAGCAUCCUGGCCAAGGCCCUGUUGGAGGUAAAAGCAGCCUCCUCCUUGGACGGGCUGCCUCCCAUCAUCCUCCAGGGACCAGCCAAUCAGACGCUGGCACUUGGCUCGUCUGUGUGGCUGCCAUGCAGAGUGACUGGGAACCCUCAACCUAGCAUCCAGUGGAAGAAGGACGGGCAGUGGCUGCAGGGGGACGACGUGCAGCUCAAUCUAAUGGCCAACGGUACCCUGUACAUCGCCAGGGUGCAGGAGAUGGACAUGGGUUUCUACAGCUGUGUGGCCAAGAGUUCCACAGGGGAGGCCACAUGGAGUAGCUGGCUUAGGAGGCGGGAGGACUGGGGAGUUUCAUCAGAGCCCCCUACGGAGCCCAGUACCCCUCCAGGGCCUCCCUCUCAGCCACUGGUCACUGAGAUCACCAAGAACAGCAUUACCCUGACCUGGAAGCCCAACCCGCAGGCGGGGGCCACAGUCACCUCUUACGUGAUAGAGGCCUUCAGCCAAGCAGCUGGCAACACGUGGCGGACAGUGGCAGAUGGCGUGCAGCUGGAGACACACACUGUCAGCGGUCUGCAGCCCAACACCAUCUAUCUGUUCCUGGUACGAGCUGUGGGAGCCUGGGGCCUCAGUGAGCCCAGCCCCGUCUCUGAGCCUGUCCGCACCCGGGACAGCAACCCAUCCAGGCCAGUGGAGGACCCAUGGAGAGGCCAGAGGGGACUGGCUGAAGUGGCCGUGCGUAUGCAGGAGCCCAUAGUCCUUGGGCCCCGGACCUUGCAGGUGUCCUGGACUGUAGAUGGCCCAGUCCAGCUGGUGCAAGGUUUCCGAGUGUCUUGGAAGGUAGCAGGCCCUGAUGGGGGACACUGGACAGUACUGGACCUACAGUCCCCAAGCCAGCAAAGUACUGUGCUAAGAGGACUCCCCCCAGGGACCCAAAUUCAGGUCAAGGUGCAAGCCCAAGGCCACGAGGGGCUGGGGCCUGAAAGUCCCUUCAUGACCAGAAGCAUUCCUGAGGAGGCCCCCAGUGGUCCCCCCCAGGGGGUGACAGUAGCCCUGGGGGGUGAAGGCAACAGCAGUGUCACAGUGUCCUGGGAACCUCCACUCCCUUCCCAGCAAAAUGGGAUCAUCAAGGAAUACCAGAUAUGGUGCCUGGGCAAUGAGAGUCGCUUCCACCUCAACCGGUCUGCGGCAGGCUGGGCACGCUCCGCGGUGCUCCGGGGACUGCUGCCCGGUGUUCUCUACCGGACCCAGGUCGCGGCGGCCACCAGCGUGGGCGUGGGCGUGGCCAGUGCCCCGGUGUCAGUGCAACUGCCUUCCCCGCCGGGAUUGGAGCCUGGGCUCGAGGUGGGCCCGGGGCUGGCGGAGCGGCUGGCGAGGGUGCUGCGGGAGCCUGCCUUCCUCGCGGGCAGCGGCGCCGCGUGCGGGGCGCUGCUCCUCGGGCUCUGCGGCGUCCUCUACCGGCGCCGGAGGCAGCGCAAGGAGCUCAGUCACUACACGGCCUCCUUUGCCUACACACCUGCAGUGUCCUUCCCACACUCAGAGGGCCUCUCUGGAGCCAGUUCCAGGCCACCCAUGGGCCUUGGCCCCGCCCCCUACCCAUGGCUAGCAGACUCGUGGCCCCACCCAUCUCGAAGCCCCUCAGCCCCGGAGCCCAGGGGAAGCUGCUGCCCCAGCAAUCCUGACCCAGAUGACAGAUAUUACAAUGAAGCAGGAAUCUCCCUGUACCUGGCUCAGACGGCCCGGGGUCCUGCCGCCCCGACUGAGGGUCCUGUCUACAGCACCAUUGACCCAGCUGGGGAGGAGCUGCAGACCUUCCACGGGGGAUUCCCCCCAAAUCCCUCAGGGGAUCCAGGCACCUGGAGCCAGUACGCUCCUCCAGAAUGGAGCCAGGGGAACAGUGGAGCCAGGGGAGGCAAAGUAAAGCUUCUGGGAAAACCUGUGCAGAUGCCCUCUCUCAACUGGCCAGAAGCCCUGCCACCACCUCCCCCUUCCUGUGAACUGAGCUGUCUCGAGGGGCCUGAGGAGGAGCUGGAGGGCGGCUCAGAGCCAGAAGAGUGGUGUCCACCAAUGCCUGAGAGGAGCCACCUGGCAGAGCCCAGCUCCAGUGGAGGGUGCUUGGUCCCUCCGUCCCAAGGGGAAGCCCCCUCUCCCACAUCUUCCUAUGGACAGCAGUCCACAGCCACUCUUACCCCCUCACCUCCUGACCCUCCCCAGCCCCCCACUGACAUCCCCCAUCUCCACCAGAUGCCCAGGAGGGUGCCCCUUGGUCCAAGUUCCCCUCUCAGUGUAUCCCAGCCCACUCUGAGUAGCCAUGAAGGGAGGCCUGCUGGCCUGGGUGCUGGACCCACAGCCUCCCAUCACCUCAGCCCCAGCCCUGUCCCUAGUACAGCCAGCAGUGCCCCAGGGAGAACCCGGCAGGUCCCUGGGGAGAUGACUCCUCCACUUCAAGCGCCCCGUGCCCGAAUCCGGAAACCCAAGGCUGUUCCCUACCGACGGGAGCACAGUCCUGGGGACUUGCCCCCGCCACCCUUGCCGCCACCAGAGGAAGAGGCAAGCUGGGCCGUAGGGCUGAGGGCAGCAGGCAGCAUGUCCUCCUUGGAACGGGAACGGGAGCGCAGUGGAGAGAGGAGAAUGGUGCAGGCCGGGCCCUUGGGGGCCCAGCGGGGUCCCCACCUGGAUGAAGAGGCCUGGCUCCCUUACAGCCGACCCAGCUUCCUGUCCCGGGGCCAGGGCACCAGCACCUGUUCCACAGCUGGCAGCAACUCCUCCAGAGGCUCCAGCAGCUCCCGAGGCUCCCGGGGCCCUGGACGGAGCCGGAGCCGGAGCCGGAGCCAAAGACCAGGACAGAAACGCGGAGAGGUGGGGGCUGGGGAACCAAGAUGACCCUGGAUGAGGAUAUCAGGAGUUCCACGGGGAAGGGCUUGUCCCUGGGCCGGGAGCCUUGGAUGGGAGCCCCUCCCCCUGGUAAAUGGGUGUGAGCAGAGAGGAGCAGGGGGGGCCCUCUUCCCUCCCAGCAAUGAUGCUUAAAAGCCAGAGAGCCAGCUCUUCCUACCUGAAACUUUCCACCUCUUUCUACCUGAAACUCAUGUGUAAAA